AUGUUGGACGAGCCAAAGCUCACUAACCUCAGCAAAGAUUUUGGUAAAAUCCCAGCUCAUCAACACCCGGCACUUCAAGCCCUCGGGGACCCACAUGUCGGUUCAUUUAAUUACAUGCUGGAGGAAGGGCUCAGUGUCAGUGCAAAGGACAUCUCGCCAGUUUACGCGCGUUUGAUGAACAAUGAUUUGGUUAAGGUAUGGAUCAAUAACAUUGAUAUUCAGAAGCCUUGUGUUCCUUUGGGUACCAAGGGAGCCAAAGAUCCGAAGAUUUAUCCUUCAGAAUGUCGCCAAAGAGGGAGUACUUACAAAGGCGAGCUAACAGUUAAAAUAGGUUGGUCAGUAAACGAAAAUGAGCAAAAAGAAAUUGAGAGAAAAAUGGACGAAAUACCAAUUAUGGUAAAAUCCAACCAAUGUAACUUAAACGGCAUGGAUCCAGAGCAGUUGGUGAAGCACAAGGAGCUCGAACAAGAGUGGGGUGGGUAUUUUAUAGUAAAAGGUCACCAGAGGUUCAUUAGAAUGCUUCAGAUGAACAGAAGAAAUUACCCGAUUGCCAUUAAAAGAUCCUCGUGGAAGACUCGGGGAGAAAAGUACAGCGACCUUGGAGUGAGCAUCAGGUGCGUACGCGAUGACAACACAGCAACAACCAACGUCUUGCAUUACGCCACAAAUGGAUCAGCAUUUUUGAUGUUUUCGCUAAACAAAAGUGUGUUCUACAUACCGGUUAUCAUGGUGAUGAUGGCGCUUUACAAUUCGGUAGACAGAUGGACCUACGUUAACCUGACCAGAGGUCGUGAAAAUGAUCAUUACUACUGCACCUGUAUACAGAACAUGAUGCGUAGCAUCAAAGAAAAGGGACUGCUAACUUGUGAUGAUGUUAAAAACUAUAUUGGUCAAACGUGCAGAGGAAAGUUAAACUUCAUAAAUGAGCUUCACAAUCAAGCUACCAACGCAGAGGUCUGUGACUACGUGAUGCAAAAGUACAUCCUGAUACACCUGGAUGAUCCCGAGGAUAAGUAUCAGCUCCUGGUUUUUAUGACGCAGAAACUUUUUGCUUUGGCGAACAAUAAAGCCAGGGUAGAAGGUGCUGAUGGACUUAUGAUGCACGAAUGUCUUCUGGGAGGGUACCUGUACCUACAGAUUCUCAAGGACAAAUUCCAGACCUUGUUGAAGUCACUCAAGAGAAUAAUUAUCAAUAAGAACCAGAAAGUUGGUCCUCAGUACCGAAUGACUGCUCGAGAAAUGACCAGCGCAAUCGCAAAAUGCGGAAAUUUCAGUAACGACAUGGAGACCUUCCUCGCUACCGGCAACAUAAAAACUGACACUGGGCUUGGAUUAAUGCAAAAUAAAGGGCUAACGAUAGCCCCGGAGAACAUCAACAGGUGCAGAUACAUGAGUCAUUUUCGUGCUAUUCACAGAGGAUCUUUCUUCCAAGAAAUGAGAACCACCGAAGCUCGGCAGUUGCUACCUGACGCUUGGGGAUUCAUUUGUCCUGUUCACACGCCCGAUGGUGCUCCCUGUGGACUGCUGAAUCACUUGUCGGAUCAAUGUAUUGUCACGAAGCAUCCCAAGAAGGAGCAAGUGGAGCAAAUUCCUCGGGAACUCGUUGAGCUGGGGAUGCGGGAGCUCUGCAGCGACCCCAAAUGGGAAAAUUACUACGACGUUGUCGUUGAUGGCAAGGUACUUGGAAUUGUUUACGACAAGGAUAUUGAUAGAGUAACUAAUGAGUUGAGAAAGUUAAAGAUCAGAGAAAAGAUCCCACCAACCACGGAGAUUAUUAAAGUCCCCAAAAAAGGUGACUAUGCCAUUCAGUACCCGGGAUUGUUCAUUUUCACAGGACCCGCCAGGAUGAUGAGACCAGUUAAGAAUCUUAAGGUCGGAAAGAGAGAAUUUAUUGGCACUUUUGAGCAAGCUUACAUGCACAUAUCGAUCACCCGGUCUGAGAGACAUGAAUAUACAACCCAUGAAGAGAUCAGUAAGGUAUCUUUUAUGAGUAACAUCGCCAAGCUGAUUCCCUGGCCGGAUAACAAUCCCAGUCCAAGAAACAUGUACCAGUGUCAGAUGAGUAAGCAAACUAUGGGAACUUGCACACAUUUCCACAACUUACAAUCAGAGUGCAAGCUGUACAGACUCCAGACACCACAGACUCCGCUAGUCAGGCCAGUCCAACAUGACAAUAUGAAGCUCGAUGAGUUUGCCAUGGGAACCAACGCUAUUGUCGCUGUAUGUUCGUACACUGGCUACGACAUGGAGGACGCCAUGGUUAUCAACAAGGCUUCGUAUGAACGUGGGCUAGCUCACGGCUCGAUCUACAAGUCUGAAUUCAUCGACCUGGGUGUCUGCACCGAGAGCAAGACAAACUACGACAAGCAUGGUAACAGAGCCCGUGAAAUUCAAAGCUUCUUUGGACUAGAUCCUGAAAAUUCUAGCUUACGAAAGACUCUGCAGGACGACGGAUUGCCCAACCCCGGGACCAGGAUCUGCAAAGGAGAUCCUUAUUAUUGCAAGUGGGACCAUAUGGAGCAGAAGUUUGAAGUCGGCUACUGGAAAUCCAAGGAAGAUGCUAUUGUCGACAAUGUCAGAAUGUGUCAAGUUUUGAGUCCCAAGGAUGUCAUGCGAGCUUGUAUCACUUUCAGAGUGACCAGGAACCCCGCUGUUGGAGACAAGUUCGCGUCCAGAGCUGGACAAAAAGGUAUCUGCUCGAUGAAGUUCCAAGCUGAAGACUUACCCUUCUCAGAGUCGGGGAUGAUCCCGGACAUUAUGUUCAAUCCUCACGGGUUCCCCAGUCGGAUGACAAUCGCUAUGUUGAUCGAGUUCAUGGCAGGAAAAUCUGCUGCAACUCACGGGCUGGUCCAUGAUGCUACGCCUUUUAGGUUCAAUGAGAAGGACACUGCUAUAGAUUACUUCGGAAGGUUGCUGGAGCUCGGCGGGUUUGAUUACUAUGGAGAGGAGGUGAUGUACUCUGGCACGGAUGGCAGGAUGUUUGAAGCUUAUAUUUAUAUGGGCGUGAUUCAUUAUCAACGAUUGAGGCACAUGGUGGAAGAUAAGGCUCAGGUCAGAAGUACUGGCCCGGUUGAUGUUCUCACCCAGCAGCCGAUUAAGGGUAGACGUCGAGGAGGUGGUAUUAGAUUUGGUGAAAUGGAGCGCGACGCUUUGAUCGCUCAUGGCACAUCUUUUCUUCUCCGGGAUAGACUGUUCCAUUGCUCGGACAAGUCUACCGCGACGGUUUGUCGCAAGUGCGGAAGUCUUCUUGGACCUGUUACUGAGAAAAAAAAUAAGUACGUAGAACCCAUAUCAAGGUGCAAGUUCUGCAAUGAUGAUAAAGAACUUUUUGAUAUUGAUGUUCCGUAUAUUUUUAGAUACUUUGUAACUGAACUUGCUUCCCUUAAUAUUAAAGUUAAGUUUGACUUCAGGUUUAUUUAA